GAGCGCCAUUGAUACCACAACCACCACCACCAACCUUCGUUACGGAGGAUGUCUGAACCGGCAAGCGCUGCGCUGCAUGAGCACCAGAUCCCGGAGGGUGACGACGACGUCGUGAAUGGACACUAUGAGGAAGAGGAGGAGGAGGAGGAGGAAGGGGGGGAGGAGGGUGUUGAACUUGGUGAUGGAGAAGUCGACGAGGGGGAGGAGAGUGACGAGUAUGACGUUGACUUUGAGGAGGAAGCACAAAUUGUGGGGGACGAAGACGACGAUGAGGAGGAGGAGGUCCAGAGCGGCAGCAUGACGGCGCUUUUGCUGGGCAAUCCGAACUUCGAAGAAGAGGAGGAGGAGGAGGAAGACGAGGAAGACAAUUGGCAUGAAGACCCGCCUCAAGCCCCCACUGCGUCAAGUUCGAAAAAGCGAGGCAUUGAAGAGACGGAAGAGGAGGAUGGGAACAAAACAAAGAAGGUACCCCCUUUGGCUGGAUUAGGAAGUCCCUACCCAGAUACCACUAUAAAUGCACGCGUCAACGUCAAUCAAGGCAAGCCAGAUCCCUUCAUUUUCACCCAUUUCUUGAGCUUUCAUUUCGAAAUGCACAGAAUCAAGAAGCGCGUGUCGCGACUCUCCAAGCAGAAAUCGACAGGCUCCAGGAAGAACUUGGCGAGGGCGUAG